UUAUUUUUAUACAGUAAAAAUUAAAAAAAAAAUUACACUUGUGUUUUUAAUAAAAAAAAAUAACAUAAAUACUUUUGUUGUUUUUUCCAAAAGUUUAUCAUCCCUUUCGUCUUGCUUAAGCCCAUUUAUUAAUUGAUCCAAGCUCAUUUGUUAAUUGGCCCACAGUUAUAUAAAAUCAAUAGGCAAGAAUCGGAUCAGCUGGCCCUGGCCGGUUUCUUUGCUAUAAAUGAAAAGGACAUGCCAAAUGUCUACUCCGAGUCCGAGGAAUUUUAUGUUAGGAAUCAAACACAAUUACUAAUCCACGUUGAAAUUAUUGCCGGCCUAAGUUCCACGUGGGGCUCCCCGUAUUUUACUUACAUUACAAGCUGAUGUUUACAUAUUCCAUAUUGGAAAUAUGCAUAUGCAUAUGCACUAGCUGUUCAUCUCUGUCUAAUCACUCAUCCCUGAAAUAAUUAUGAAAGGACGGAAGGACAGAGACGAGGACCUUCUUUUGUUCAAGGAAUUGCACAAACGUGAAAAGGAUCGUUUUGCCAGUCUCCUCCAGCCCGUUUCUGACGAGUUCGAGCCCCAUGAUGGGAAUUACAGAAUUAAUGCAUCUGGGAAGCAAGGAUCCGGAUAUGGUCUUUUUGGUGAAGUCGAUAAAAAUGAUUACAAUUGGUUGAAAACACCACCAGCAACUCCUCUGUUCCCUUCUCUGGAAAUGGAAGCAGCAGUAAAUGCCCCUAAACUUGUGCUUCAACGGGAGAUACCUACUGUACAACAACCUCUUUCACGGUUUGCAACUAGUGCAGAAGCACCGAAGCCAAGUAGUAAUUUAAGGGUGCCCGUAAGAUCCAUCACCCCAUCGUGUCAAACGCCAUCUCAGAGUGCGGAUGCCAAACUAAUUAACCAAAAAAUGGCCCUAUCAGCCCCCUAUCAGAACAAACCAAGGCACCAAAAACAGACUCAAAGAAAUCCCCCAGCCAAGAAUAUCGCGGAUUCAAAUGCUAAGCCUACCACUACUGCUGCUGCAAGUAUCACAAAUAUUGUUUCACCUCGUGUAGUAAAGGUGGCUCAAGUUCUUGGAUUUUCCAAUGGCACGCCUCCUAAUCUAAGGACAGAUCGUGCAAUCUCCGCUAUUCGAGGCCGACCCGUAUCGAGCAGCACCCCAACACUAUCAAUUCAACAAAAAUCAAGGAGGCAAUCCUGCUCACCAAGUGUGACCCGGGGUCGAAAAGAGAAUACUGAAACAACUUUGACAACUCAAAAAGGGAAGUUUCAGACAGCUGGGACUAUGAAUAUUCGUAAUAAAGGGACUCAAAAUUUAUUUGGAAGUAGAAUGGUAGACAAAUUAAUGAAUGCUAGAAAGAUGGGCGCCAGCGAAAGAGAAGCAAAACCAAAGCCUCUAGCUACUGAUUGUAGUUCUGAUAAGGAGGUAAGCACUAACGGUGGCUUUGGAAAUAAGAGUAUCUAAAAGUUUCAACGAAAUCCUACAUGCACUCAUAAGCACCAAUUCUGUUACUUUUUUUUUUUUUUAAUUUUUAUAAUAAGAGUUAUUUUUAUUAAAUAUAUAAUGGGAAAAAACAUAUCAUUGGAGCUAUGCACUAUCCAAAGCCAAUAGGCCAACCAAAUACACUCAAGAAAUUCCUAAACAACACCAAUGAUAUGUGAAAAAACCCGGGAACCUCAGUGGGCAACAUAAAUAAAUACAACAUAACAAAACAAGAAAACAGAGCUAACAAUUCUGUUACUUUUAGAACCAAAAGUUUGCAAUUGGCCACUUAGAGAUAAGAACCGAUUGAGAAAGAGUUUGGGUGGUGAAACAUAACUUUAGAACUUCAAUUGAUUGACCCCUUCUAAACCCAACAG